AGUAAACAUGGCGAGCAUCGAAGAAGCGGAACGCGAGCCACGUGUAAAAAAACCUAAAUUACAAAAUACAGAAAAUAGUAAUACUGAAGAAAAUGACGAUAAAGACAUCAGACCUAUGUGUAAAUAUGGUGAAAGGUGUUUUAGGAGCAGUGCUCAGCACAAAGCGGAGUUCCGACACCCCCAAGUAACUUUAAUUGAAAAUGGCGACAAGUGUAAACUUAGUCAAAGUCACGAAAAUGGACAUCACGGAAGCCAAAAUGACAAUUUACCAGUCUGCCCUAAUGGAUUUGACUGCGAAGAGACUGAAUUGAUACACUUCGCUGAAUAUCAGCACCCAGUUCAAGAAGAUUCCGAGGAAAAUGGCUUCGAUCAAUCGAAAGAGGAAAAUGAGUGCGAUGUUGUUGACGUCUCUGAAGCGUGGAAUGGAUGUGCUGCGACUCAGGUAAUGGAUGAGGAAGAAGAUUUCGGCAACGAUGAUACUGAUGGCAGCUUCACUUCUUCAAUUUCCAGAGACAACACAGUUUUAAGCCGAGGUCCCAGCAUUGUCAAAUGCUAUUCAAUSCUCUCAGAGGAAGAGCGCAAGGAGCUUAUCCGACGUGCCUUUGAGCUGAAAGAUAUGCUUAAGAAAGAGCUCAAUGAAACCCAAAAAAUCAUUGAGAAUAAAAACAAGGAAUUAAAGAGAGUYCACAGCCAGCUUGAGAAAGUAUCAAAAAUUGAUGGCGAGCAAGAAGCAAUGGAAAAAGGUGAACUGGUGUAUUUUCCACUUUAUGCGGAAAGAGAGUUCAAGGAAGGKUCAGCUGCUCAAAUCCAUUUCCGUUUGGCAGAAUCACAAUUCUAUCGCCUUGUGGAUAUCAAAGACAACUAUAGAGUGGCCAAAGUAGAGUAUGUUGUAAACCCAACUCUUAUAAAAAGAUUCAAGAAGGCACAAGAGAAACUAAAAGAGAUGAGAGGACAAAAUGAUUCCUAUCCAGUAUUAGCCUUCCAUGGAACUAAAGAGACUAAUAUACCAUCAAUAUCAGAAACAGGCUUUAGAACGCCUGGGGAAUCCAACUUUGAGCAUGCAACUGAUACCGGGUUUUAUGGCCGUGGUGUGUACUUCAGCGAGUAUCCAUCAUAUUCAAUGGGUUACAUCAAAGGUGCAUCCAAGUUGCUACUUUGCCAGGUCCUUCCUGGAAAAGUCUACCGUUGUACAAAACUGAUCCAUGGGGAACCCCUACAGUCUGAYCAYGAUUCUCACACCUCCCCUGAUGGGAAGGAAYUGGUUAUCUUUAACUCGCRYCAUAUAUUGCCGUCUUAUAUUGUUCACUAUGGAGAGGCAAAGGGUGAUUAUAACUACGAAGAGAAAAAACUAGAAAAUUAAAAGUAGAGUAUUAAUUAAGUCGAUCUUCUUAAAAACUGUAUCAGUGCAAGUGUUGUUUUAUAUCUUUAAGACUAUUUUUUAUAAUAAUU